CUGGAAGUGAUAGAAUGUCAUCGCUUAAGUAAGGAGAUGUUAAUUUUUUUUUUAAGCAGUUCGAUCGGAUGGAUAUCAAAUCGAAAUCGCAUUUAUUGAGGUCAUUUACAUCCCCAUGUGCGGAGCUUUUCAGUGGGAAAAAUUAUCUCGAUUUGCUUUAUCUGUGUCGAUCAGAACUGCAAGUAGCGUGCGCACAUGAAGGGUUGGCGCACUGUUUACCAGAGUCGGCGCUUUUGCCAAGUAAAUAAUUUCUUAUUCUCUUAAACUUUGAGAAGAAAGGGUAGUUUAAUAGAAUUAAAUCAGCUUGAUUACGUUUAGGAAAAUUGAAUAGCGCUCACUUAGCGAUAACCAGCAAAGCUCUCCUAUUCUACUUAAGUCAAUGACGUCACCGCCUGCGUCAGGAAAAGAGAAAGCCGGUUUGACAGUCACAGCUGCCGUCCCCUGCAGGAUUUCCAUCUCACAUGGCUUUGAGAAGGAAAGCGAAAACGGGGAGGGACUAUGUUGCCCCGAUGAAACGAGGUAAAAAGAAAAAAAAAAUCGUUGAGAUAGUGAAGGUCGGAGGUUUUUGUUCAGCUUGUUGUCCCUCUUCUCGUGGGCCUGUCGAUGAUUCCCUGCAAAAGCGGCGGGCCAGAGAGAGAGAUGGCUUCCUUGAAUUGUUUGCAGGGCUUGGGAUUCACAGGGAAUCCAAAUCCCUGCUGAACGAUGACGAAGAAUUCCGAGAGGAAUCCAGGUUCCUGCCGAACGAUGGCGAACAGUUCCAAGUGGAGGGCGGCGAUGGAGCGUCAAGAGGGCCCGACGAACCCCGGAGGUACCAACCUUCCCGUCAGGGCGGACAAAUGUGGAGGUCACCGUCAGGAUCUCUGUGGGUGCGCCCGGCCACUCUUCCUCGGCGGCGCUCCUCCCCUGAUGACUCCUCCCGCCACGGCACGCCGUUCACCCGAUGCUCCCCGCGUCGACCCAACGGUUAUACUGAAGGAGGUUCAUCCACCAAACCCUCAAUGGUACGACAAAUUGUUUGCUUGGGCAAUGGAACAUCUUAUGGAGUUCCACCGGAAAAAGGAUACAAGGAAAAACUCUUCAACAGUUUAGAAGGUGAAAAUAAAAAGGUCUUGGAGCUAGGUAUUGGGACAGGGCCAAAUAUUGGAUAUUAUGCUAAUGUGCCAAAUGUUACCGUAUAUGGAGUAGACCCAAAUAAGCAAAUGGAAAAAUAUGCAAAGGCGGCAGCACUAAGGGCAGGACUACCACCAUCAAACUUUUACUUCACACAGGCGGCUGGAGAAGGUUUGCCUGCUGAAGAUUGUAGCAUGGAUUUUGUCGUUGGAACACUUGUAUUAUGUUCUGUGAAAGAUGUUCGUGCGACCCUAGAAGAGGUGCUGCGAGUGCUAAAGCCUGGUGGGCGGUUCAUUUUUUUGGAACAUGUCGCUGCUCUAGAUGGCACACCACUAAGGCUCCUCCAAGGCAUCCUUAAUCCCCUACAGAAGUUCUUUGCCGAUGGGUGCCAUUUGAACAGAGAAACAGGAAAAGAAAUCUCUAAAGCUGGAUUCUCAGAUGUGGACCUUAACAUGUCUUUUGUGCCUGGUCUCGCUUUGCUCAGCCCUCAUGUGUAUGGUGUGGCAAUCAAAUAGGUAAAGGGCAUGUGAACAAAGCCGCAAACUAUUUGACAUAUCAACAGUCUGGGAGCCCCUACACUAUCCUGCUGAUUGCGUCCUCGUGGCAUUCUUUCAGAAGUGAGAGGUGGUUCAUGGUGCAAGAUUGUUUUAUCUAAUAAUUAACAUUAGACCAGUUUCGUAUUGCUCUCUCAUGAGGAAGCAUGACAUUAGUGGAAGAUGCUGUUGUUGUUAUAUAUAUAUAUGAAUGCUGA